CCGUCGAAGAGAAGGGUGCGCGUUCCGCGUCCAGCGUGUUGCGUUUCCGUCGAACAUAUCGCGUCAAGUGCAAACGGCAAAAGAUCGCAUCGGGCUAGAUCCUCGCUUAACUUGCCUGAAGUUGUGCGUUGUCAGAAAGCGUGGAAUGGGCUCUCGGGAGUAAUGUUUUUGCCUGGUGUGAAGUUAAAAAGCUAUCAAAGCACAAGAUUCAAAGCCGGCUAGGUGAGCCAGUCCGCGGAGGCAAAUAAUCGUACUAUUGUGUGAAGAAGUAGGUUCAACAGCAGUGAGCCGGCAUUUUUUUGUUGAGCGUGGGAAAGCUACGACUCGCGAAGGUAAAUCGUGUGACAAUAAGCGUGUUAUCGGAAGUUACUCGUUUGCGUUGGAAGAUUUGCGUCCGAAUGUGUGAAUUCUACGGAAAAUAGUGCUUUUUAGUGCGUUGUGAAGUUUAAGUGUUUUAAGUAAGAAGCUCGGUGGUGAUUGGAUCUAAAAAUUCUUCCUAAUUGUGUUCAGUGUUUCUCAAGAAAAAAAUCCACCACGGCGAGUGGUGUGAAGCAAGAGAGCCGAGUUAUAAAUUCAAGCAUUCAUAUAAAAUCAUACAAUCCCAGUGAUAGCCGCGAGAGGUGAUAAAGUAGUGGAUUAAUUGCUUGAUCGCACAUCUUCGAUCGCAGCAAGCGGUGCUGGGCUGCAGUCGGCAGUCGGAAGAAAAACUUCAGCUCCUUCGCCGAGGGCUGUACAGGAAGGAAGAAAAAGCCUGCCAAACCGUGUGUACGUGUGUUUGUUCCUUAGUGUACGUGUGUGUGUUGUUUGGUUGCCGGUUUUUACGGGCCGAGUCUGCCAGUCUGAGCAAAGAUAACGCAUAAAAGCAGGGCAUCGCGAGAUUUGCCGACGGCAAAUUGGGGAUACCGAACCGUACCGGCACCGAGUUUUGUGAGACGAUCUCGACGAUUUCCGUGAAUCAGGUUUAUUGUAAUUCGUUUCUCGGCUUCCACGGUCCCUUCCCCCUUUUUUGGGGUUGAUUAUAAUUUUCCUCCCGCUGUGGCGUGAUUAGACGUGCCUCAAUACUAAUGCAAAACACUCACGUGCCUGCUAACGAGGAAAACUAAUUAUUUGACGAGUUCAUUUUUCCCGACCCGCCGUCAUCAGGUGUGCUGGAGAAUUUGUGUCAUUACACACACACCCAUUGGGCGUCUGGGUAAUUGGAGUUGGUUGUAGUGUGUGCCUGUGCGUGUGGUGCUGUCCCGUGCAAGAAGCUACCUAGGCCCGUACUUGUUGCGCUAACAAACAGCAGAAUCUUCAUCAGUCGUGCUUAUACCUGGUGGAAUAAUUCAUGAUGACGACGAGUGCGUUAGUGGUGAGCAAACGGUGACCCGGAAUGUUUCACUCGGCGACGACUCCGAUUGUGAAAGGCAAGUUUUCUUGUGGCGUAAAUAGUGAGUGUAGUGCAUAAGCUUUAUCCCGCGUGUGUCGCAUCGUGUUUUCGCACAAGAAACCCCCGAAAUAUGACGGGAAGCCCUCGAGGCGUUGCGUGUGAAAGUGAAUUGAAUUGAAGUUCAGGUUCUGCUGCAUUUUGGUGUGCGUGUGUAUGUGUGUGUGUCUAGGGGUGCUAGUGAUGAAAUAUCUUGCCACACUUCAUGUCCUUGCAAGCAUAUUCGUAGCCGUAACUAUAGCGACCGGUGAUACGCGCCCACUGGACAGGGAUCCGAAGGCACGCACGACACAGGCGGUCGAACAUUGCAGUUGCGCCUGAUAAGCAGCGGCCGCCGAACGUAGCGUGGCGCAGGAAACACGCGCAAAACCAUACGGCAGCCUGCGGAGCCGCGCAGCAAAGGCGAAAAGAUGGGAAUCGGCGACCUCCGCUCGUGGACCAGCGUCGCCGUCGUAAUUCUCACCCUGAUCUCAAUGGUAUCUUCAUCCGGCUUCUUUGAACUGCAAAUACUGGAGAUUUCAAACACCAACAGCCACCUACUGUCAGGAUACUGCUGCGGUUUGCCACCGGAGAAACGACAGACCCAAACGACAGGAUGUCCGGCAUGUGCGACCGCGUUCAGCUUGUGCCUCAAAGAGUACCAGGGCACGGCGUCCAGCGUGCAGCAGCAGCAGCAACAAAAGGAGCUGAAGCAGCCGGCCGUCGCCGUGGAACCGCAACCGUCCGGCCUGUACGGUUGUGCGUUCGGUAACGCCAGCACGCCCGUCCUGGGCGGAUCGAGCUUCGUCCUGACUGACCCGGAAGUCGGUGGCAUCACAUUACCCUUUACCUUUCGGUGGACGAAAUCGUUCACACUUAUCCUACAAGCUUUAGAUAUGUACAACGGGUCCUACUCAAUUUCCGAGCGACUUAUUGAGGAAACAUCAUUUUCUGGCGUUAUUCUACCGUCGCACGAUUGGAAUACAUUAGACCACAUAGGAAAGAGCGCACGAAUAACGUACCGUGUACGAGUGCAGUGUGCGGACAAUUACUACAACACAACCUGUACCACGUUCUGUCGGCCACGGAAUGACCAGUUCGGCCAUUACACGUGUGGCAAGCAGGGCAACAAAGUGUGUCUUCCCGGCUGGCAGGGAGCAAACUGUGAAAAAGCAAUCUGCAAGCCAGGAUGUGAUCAAAUACAUGGCAAAUGUGACCAGCCGGGUGAAUGCGAAUGCCGCCCCGGAUGGCGUGGUCCGCUGUGUAACGAGUGUAUGGUGUACCCGGGCUGCCGCCACGGUUACUGCAACGGAAGUGCAUGGCAGUGCAUCUGUGAUACGAACUGGGGUGGAAUCCUCUGCGAUCAAGAUCUCAACUACUGCGGCACGCACGAACCGUGCAUGCACGGUGGUACGUGCGAAAACACUGCCCCGGACCAAUACCGGUGUACGUGCGCCGAAGGACUCUCCGGCACACGGUGCGAAAUCGUCGAACAUCCAUGUGCACCACAGCCGUGCAAAAAUGGCGGCACCUGUACACUGACCGGAAACGACAAAUCACAAACCGUCGCUUCCUCUACGGUAGCUUCCAUCGUUGUGCGCGGUAUGCGUGGCAUGAGCUCGAUGGGCAAACCGUUCGGACGGUCGGCUGCUGCUGGAACGGGUGGUGGUGGUGGUGGUUCGCCGGCCGGUCCUAGUUCCGGUUCGGCGGAAUCCAACGACCAGUCGAAAUCAGGAUCUUCCCCCAGCUCCGGUGGACUUCCUGCACCACCAUCCAACGGUCCCCAGCCGAUGAAAGAUUUCGUCUGUACCUGUGCACCCGGAUGGACCGGUCCGACCUGUGAGAUAAAUAUCGACGAAUGUGCCGAUGCGCCGUGCCGAAACGGUGGAACGUGUAUCGAUCUGAUCGGCAAGUUUCGCUGCGAAUGUCCACCGCAGUGGACCGGAGACACCUGCCAGAACGAUGUUGAUGAGUGCGAAUCGAAUGUGGCCUCCGGACUGGGGCCGUGCAUAAACGCUGAAUCAUGCCGCAAUCUGCCCGGCUCGUUCCAGUGCACCUGCCUGGAGGGUUGGGGUGGACCGACCUGCGCCAAGAAUCUGGACGACUGCGUUGGGAAGUGCAAAAAUGGCGCCACUUGCAUCGAUCUGGUCAACGAUUACCACUGUGCCUGCGCCGUUGGAUACACAGGUCGCGACUGCAGCACCGACAUCAACGAGUGUGCCAACUUUCCCUGCCGGAACGGUGGCGAAUGCGUCGAUUUUAUCGGCAACUUCAAGUGCAUCUGCCCGCUCGGCUUUUCCGGAACAUUGUGCGAGGAGGCCAAAGAUCAUUGCGUUUCGUCACCAUGCAUCGAGGGUCAGUGUCUCAACACACCGGGCGGGUACUACUGUCACUGUCCACCGGGUCGCGCCGGCCGUCACUGCGAGUUCCCGCGUGUUCCCUGCGAAAAGGGUGGUCCUUGUGCACAAGAAGGAGGUUGCACGAUGCCUACCAACAACGACACCACCACGAUUCUCGGAGGACAAAUCGUGCCGAUUCCGUGCAACGGCCGGGGUAAAUGUGAGUCCGGUCCGAUGGGUACGAGCUGUGUGUGUCAAACCGGCUUCACCGGACCAUUCUGUCAGCAUAAUGUCAACGAAUGUACCUCGAACCCGUGUGCCAACAACGGUAUCUGCAUCGACGGCGAAGGUGACUUCUCGUGCGAAUGUCAACCGGGCUGGACGGGGAAAACGUGCACGGACCGUGCGAUCCAAUGUCUGCCCGGCCAGUGUCUGAACGGAGGGUCCUGCAUACCGUCCCAGUUUGGUGGAGCACCACACUGCCGAUGUACGCUCGGGUGGGGUGGACCAUUCUGUAGCGAACCGCUCGACCAGUGCCAGGGACAACCGUGUCACAAUGGGGGGACCUGUGAGUCGGGCCCCGGUUGGUUCCGGUGCCUUUGUGCGAAAGGAUUCUCCGGCCCUGAUUGUCGGAUCAACGUAAACGAGUGUUCACCGCAACCUUGUUUGGGGGGCGCUACUUGCAAGGAUGGCAUCGGUGGGUUCACCUGCAUCUGUCCGGUUGGUCGACGUGGCGUUCGGUGUGAGAUUCUUCUCUCCGAUCCUUCGUCCGUCUGUUCGAAUACGACCACCAACUCUCCGUACGAUCCACUGGUGACGAGCGAUUCGCUCAGCAAACCAAACGGGAUGCAAUCGUCCACUGCCGUACCGGGUGCGCCAGAUGAAAGUACCUGCAAUUCGUGUAUCUGCGUGAACGGCAAACCACGCUGUUCGAAUCUCUGGUGCGGACUGCCGAACUGUCUCAACCGGAACCAUUCCAACGGGGCCGGAGCGGUCUGCGAAACUCAUCAGGUUUGUGUACCGACGUCGCAAGAGUCCUGCCUAACUCCUCCGUGCCAACCACGGGGAGAUUGUCGUACGUUUGAGCCAUCGAGGCGAGUGGCUCCGCCAAAGAUCCCAGCACCGACGGACUGUUGGCCGAAUCAGGCUAUUCUUGGUACGGCCUGUGCCCGGGUAUCGAUACUGCUCGAGCUGAAUCGGCUCGUGCGCGGUACGUCGGUGGACGGAAUGUGCCAUCUGCUCCGGUUACAGCUCGGCGAGAAACUCAUCAAGAAUCCGUCCUUUGACGUGUCCGUCUUCAUUGUCGUGCUGUGUGAUCUCAAAACUGGAACGAACGACACGAUUGAAGUGACACUGUCUACACCGACGGAUCCCGUGGUUGGUGCAUCAAGCCUGACGGAGGCGGUUCGCUUGUUGGCGGAGAUCCUUUCCCGCCAGCAGGGUGUCCAGAACGAUUCCUUUCAGUCAGAUCUCGUCGAAGCGGCGCCACUAACCUCCAUCCUGGAGGUAAAAGUUGAAACGGCUCUGGUGAACGAAGGUAGCACCGGUUCCAACUAUCUUAUCGCGGUCGGGUUCGGCAUUGCGAUCGUGGCUCUCUGUCUGGGCGCCGUCGUUGCACUGCUUUGGCGCCAGAAGCUACACUCGCACAGUGGGUCCGGCACUAAUCUAUCGCCCCACCUGGACCUGUCCCGUGGCAUGGACGAGGAAAAGUCGAACAAUCUACAGAACGAGGAAAACUUUCGCCGGUACGCUAACCCACUCAAAGCAAGCUCCAGCUCGUUGCGUGGAGCGAUGGAACUGAGCCUUAAUCCGGCACCGGAGAUUAACCAGAUCGCGGGCCCGAGCUCGGUACAUCACCACCGGUCGCAGCAGCUCUAUCCGCCCUGCCCGCCGGACGGGACCGAGUUCGAGAAGGAUCCCGACAAGCAGAAGGCGGCCAACCGGAACUCGCACAUACUGCUGCACAAAACGCAAAACGCCGACAUCAUGACGAAAAACAUCGUCAGUGCGAUCGACAGCCAGCACAAAGACUUUGGCAAGCGGUCGAUCAACGACCACACGGCGUCGUCCACGACGAACGUUAGCGGGACACCGAGCGCGGCCAGCGGGACCGUAGCGACGGAAGUGCCGAACGGUCCCACCGCUAUGGCGCCCGAAUCGGACGUCCUGACGGUGCACGUGUAGUGCACGCCGGGUGUCAUCCUACAAGCAAUCCUUAGCUAAUCAAUUGGCGAACGAAAUGGAAACUUAAUCGAGCGGUGCAGACGCAGUUGAAACGUUCAUUAAUGUUUAGUAGUAUAUUUUUUAUACAUGAGUAACUAAUUUAUUAUUCGCCAGCGUGCGGUUCAACUGUUUUGUUAACUGUCUCUCCCAGUCUCCGUCUGUCCGUCUGUCUGACUGUCCUAUGUUACGAAUGCUUAUUUCGUUUGCUUUUCCGGUGUAAAUAACUUCCCUCACUUACACUGGAACACGCGUGGUCGAAGCGAAGGCGGUACGUGCGUUUGCUGUGCAAUCCAUACAACGCAGCUGCCAGCUGCCAGCUCGGGUCACCCCGCGCCAAACACCAUUUCGACUGUUAGACAUUAGCAAAAUUGAGCCAGCAAAUGAGGCAAAACGGCCAUUUCAAAUCAAAGGAACGGGUGCUCCCGAGCGCACGCCCAAACACAGAUCCUCCCGGACUCGUCGGACACACGCCGCGUCCAGUCCGCAUCGAACGGUGGGUGGUUUUGCGGACAGAAGUUAAAUGUAAUGUGAUAUUAAAUAAGUGAAUCGAAUCGAGGGAUAGAUUUGUUUUUUUUUUCUCUUCGCUGUUCGCGCUUAGUGUAAGCAUUCUAGGGCCAUUCUAGAUCGUACGGUGUAUAAAGCAGCAGCAGCAACAGCAAAACAAUGCGGUUUUCUUACAACAAAACGAGACAACGAGAGCCUCGAUUCCUGAGAAUCCUUUCGGGAUAGAGAACGAUGGCUGCCGUCGACGACGAGGCGAAUCGACGACUUCGAGACUUUGACUAGGGCUAGUUAGGGCUAGAGUUUAGGCGGAAUAAAUAGUUCCUUGUUUAGCGUUGUGUGUUGUGAGUGUACAAUUAAGCAUAUAGCGGUAGGAUUAGCUAGAAAUGGCAGGGUGACGCGCUGCCAACGCUGCUUGUUUCGCAGCGUCACAAACUGAGCAUGUACAUUAUUACAAAUUUAAACGAAUCAUUAACUCACAACAACGAAAGAAUGUACUCAAUAAUAUUUAAACGUAUCGUAUAUACAUAUAGACAAAUAGAAGCCAGCCGACGCGAAAGUAGACAGUUAGGCGACAAGUAGACGGCAAGGAAAGAUUCAUGAGUCUUCCUCUUUGCUGCGUGUGUGUGUGUGUGUGUGAUUGUGUAAAUAAUGUAAAAAAACGAAAAGCAAAAAGCACAGUUUUAAGAGGAAAAAUGGAGGACACAUCCGGCUUAAGUGUAAGGAUUCAACAAACAAGAAGGACAAUCCAGUGUAGAGCAAGGAACGGCACAACUACAUUCCACACAGCAGGUAUGCACGAGGUAUGGUUUUGCGUGACAGUACCGUCCGUGCACUCGUCGUCAUGCACGUCAUACACGUCAUACGGUAGUACAUAGUACUUAAAGUUAAGGCGCUCGCAACGCUCCCGGCGGCGUGCCAGAACCCGUUAUUACAUCUCAUCAUUUGUUCAUCGAUUUUCAUCAGACAUCGUUCAUCGGUUCAUCAUCAUCCACAGGCAAGGUAACAGGCAAGGUGCAGAAGGAAACAGCAGAAAACAGAACGCAAUAAAUGUAUUACGAAAUGGA